AGUGAUUUUUUUAACGAAUAAGCUUUCCCGUAAAAUUUCACUGUAGUCACUAAAAAGAGAGGAUCUCUCGCGCGUAAAGCAGAAGCUAAACAAGGAACCCAAUCUUACAUGUCCAACCACAGUACUGCCACCUUAGCGUCGAAAUUUAUACAUAUUUUGAUAUUACCAACAUUAACGACGCUUCUUUCUCUUUCUUGGCGCUUUUUACAACACCCAUUUUCUCUCUCCUCUCAUCACAUCAAACAAUGAAAAUCCUUCAUAUUCCUUGUUUGGAUGACAAUUACUCUUACUUGAUUAUUGAUGAGCAGACGAAGGAAGCUACAGUUGUUGAUCCAGUUGAACCAGAGAAGGUUCUAGAAGUUGCUAAGAACAAUGAUGCUAAUGUCAAAUUUGUUCUCACUACUCACCAUCACUGGGAUCAUGCUGGUGGGAAUGAUAAGAUAAGAGAGCUGGUUCCUGCAAUCAAGGUUUAUGGUGGUUCGAUUGAUAAUGUGAAAGGAUGCACUAAUAAAAUUGAAAAUGGUGAUAAGGUCUCGUUGGGAGCUGAAGUCAACAUCUUGUCUCUUCAUACACCUUGCCACACCAAAGGUCAUAUAAGUUACUAUGUGACUGGCAAAGAAGAUGAGAGCCCUGCUGUUUUCACUGGAGACACUAUGUUUGUUGCUGGUUGUGGCAAAUUUUUUGAGGGUACAGCAGAGCAGAUGUAUCAGUCACUCUGCGUGACAUUGGGUUCUUUGCCAAAGCCGACUAGAGUUUAUUGCGGUCAUGAGUACACAGUCAAGAACCUUCAGUUUGCUUUGACAGUGGAACCCGAAAAUGCAAAGAUAGCGGAGAAAUUGGCAUGGGCUCAGAACCAGCGAAAUGCUGGCUUGCCUACUAUUCCAUCAACCAUUGCAGAGGAGCUAGAAACUAACCCAUUCAUGCGGGUUGACAUACCUGAGAUUCAGAAAAAACUUGGUCUCAACUCCCCAGUAGAAGCCCUUCGGGAAAUAAGGAAACUUAAAGAUAACUGGAGAGGCUAACGAAGGGCUUACCAACCGGUCAGAUUAGGGCACGGCAGAGCGGAGUAGGACAAAGCAGAGCUGAUUUCAGCAGAGCAGGGCUAGGCUUCCACACACUGCGGAACGGAGCAGGGCAGGGCAAAGCAGAGCAGAUUUCAGCAGUGCAGAGCAUAGCAGCUCUAAAGUACAGGGCCAAAGUGAAGUAUCCACAACGUGGGUUCUCUUUUAUUUGUGCAUAGGGUCUGUUCUGAUUGACUGAACUUAACUGAACUUAUUAGAGCCGAACUGAAUUGAAUUGAACUAAAUAUUUUAUGAGAUAAGAAAAUUAAGAACUAAA